AUGCGUUCUCUCGCCGCGAUUCAUGGGGUAGAUCCCUUGCCGGAGCUGGGCCUUCCAUCGGGCAUCCAACAAGAGGGCAACCCCGACGCCGACAUGGCCGGGGCCCAAGAUACCAUCUACCUUUGCAACUUCCGCGUUUCCGUGGACGGGGAAUGGCUGUGCUUGAAAGAGCUGCACGAUAUGGAGAUGACCGACUCGUAUAUCCGACCAUCUGAGAGCGGUGCCAUUCAAUCGCCCGACGACCCUAUGCAUUCCUUGAUGGCUCGUGAUCCUGUGGUGAUUGAGCGCAGCAAUCUAGUGAACAUCUCCAAGUUGAUCGUGAAAGAGCUAAUUGAACAAUCGCUGCGCUAUGGACGGAUGUUGGACAGCGACCAUCUACCGCUGCACCACUUUUUUAUUGUUCUCGAGCAUGUUAUGCGUCACGGACUCAAGCCGAAAAAGGGCCUUCUCGGACCUAAAAAGGAAUUAUGGGACAUAUUGCAAAUGGUGGAGAAAUAUUCACCCGAAGCGGCCGAUAUCACCGCGAGCAUAAGGGACUUGCCCACUGUCAAAACCGCCAUGGGUCGAGCUCGGGCGUGGCUACGACUGGCCCUCAUGCAAAAAAGGCUCGCAGACUACCUCAGGAUUCUCCUUGAACACCGCGAAGAAACUUUGGAGGAAUACUUCGAGCCACAUGCCUUGAUGCUGAACGAAGAAGCUGUCAUUAUCACCGGUCUACUCGUCGGCCUAAACGUCGUCGACUGUAACUUGUGUGUCAAGGAGGAGGAUCUAGACAGCCAACAGGGUGUCAUAGACUUCUCCCUCUAUCUACGCGGCAGCAACUCUUCCAACGAUCUGGCCAGUAACAGCAACAACUCUAACAACGAGCCAAAACAACGCCAUAUCAACACCAUGCUUGAUCAGAAGAACUAUAUCGAAGAACUGAACAGGCACCUCAACGCAACGGUCGCAAAUCUCCAAGCCAAAGUGGAAAGCCUGACCACAACCAAUGCCCUCAUGAAGGAGGACCUGGCCAUCGCCAAAAACACCAUGAUCACGUUAGUUGAGGAAAACAACCAACUGAAACAUGCUUUGGGUCAGGACAUAACCAAAGAUACUAGGAUGAAAGUGACCGAGUUACAUUCGGAUGAGGAGGAAAAACGCAGCGUUAAAAGCACAACCUCUGAUAAAUCUAAACAUGACAAAGACACAGAGCCGUCUAAAGCCUUAGAAGAAGAACGAAAGAAAAAUGUCGAACUUCAAAAAGAACUGGACUUACAGAUUUCGCUGAAAGCUGAAAUGGAGGUUGCUAUGAAACUGUUAGAAAAAGACAUACACGAUAAGCAGGACACAAUUAUAUCGCUGCGAAGACAGCUCGACGAUAUAAAACUAAUCAACCUAGAAAUGUACAAAAAGUUACAGGAAUGUGAAAGUUCCUUGAAACAUAAAACUGAGCUAAUAGCCAAAUUGGAAGCAAAGACUGAAUCAAUGGGCAGCACGAUACAUCAACUCGAUGAGAAGUUACAGAGCGAUAAAAUGGCUAGGCAGAGUUUAGAAGAAAGUUCCCGCUCGCUUGGCCAGAAGGCGGCGACAGCUGAAACUAGGGCAGUGGCGGCUGAAGGAGACCUCAGGAUCGAACGAGAGUGGCGGAUAUCGUUACAGGAAUCGAUGAUGCGGGAUCGCGAUAAAAUAUCGAUGCUGACUCAAGAGGUUGAAUCAUUGAAAUCUAUUGGACAGAAAUACAUAGCGCUACAAGAAGAGCAGCACGUCUUAAAAACACAAUACAGCGAAGCCCAGAAGACAUUAGAAGAAGUGGGAGCGACGUUGAGCGAGAACAAACUACAGCUGGCCGAGUUGUUAGAGCGAGAGGCAAAGGCGGCGUCUACUGACGACACGCCCACUUGGACGGAUGACAAGGACGCUGUGUCUUGUACUGCUUGCGCCAAAGAAUUCACCAUCGCUAGGCGGAAACACCAUUGCAGACGAUGCGGGCACAUAUUCUGUCGCGCCUGCAGCGAGAAGACCGUAGCACUGGCCGGUAACACCAAGCCGGUGCGAGUUUGCGACGCCUGCUACGCCGAAGUGAGGGUCUCGUAGUAAUAAUUUCGUAGUUUAGAUAUAUGGGUGUAAAAAUACCUAUCACGAAGCUAGUACAGUCAGCGUCAAAUAGUUCGUGACACCCAAGGUGGCCAAAAAGUUGAUAACACAACCUUAUUCCAAUUGGAACAAAGACGUGACGCGGACUUAUUGGCUGCUUUGAGUGUCACGAACGACGAAUUUGGCGCUGACUAUCACGUAUUCUCCUCCACACCUUGACGAUUUUUUUUUCCGUGAGAACUAUAGCUGGGAAUGUUAUGAUGGACCUAUUGAAGGUCGAAUUCAAAUCAUUUAUUUAAGAUCUUUACCACUGCUGUGUGUUUUUCCUGCUGUAUAAAUAACUCAAACUCACAACCAUUAAGUUCUUUACUCACUAAAUUUUUUACUAAAUAAAACUCGAUUUGCUGUCCAUAGUUUUAGGCUUCGUGAUACAUUUUUACACCCUGUAUAAUAUACAACUAUAGUAAAUAUCUGUCACUAAUCUACUAGUCUGAAUGGCUCCAGCUUGCACUGGUAAGGUUUGAAAGGUGAAAAAACUUAUUUUAGCUAUACCAGAUAAACUGCAGUACAGCAGCGGAUAUAAAGCGCUGACCUAUUUAUUUGGUUAUACGUAAUAACAUAACUAAGAAAGUGUAUGUUACUUCAACGAAAAAUAGCCAGAAAUUAUCAGUGUUAUGAUUUUUUUAACACAAAAAAUAACCAAAAAUUACCGGAGCAGAUGUUGCCAUGUACAAUUUCUAAAAUCAUUUACCUACUUUAUAAUUACUUAAACUGAAAUAAUCAAUGGUAUGUAUUCUUUAGGUAAUUUUAUAUUCAAAAAUCUUUAGCUAAUUAAAUAUUAUUCAAAUCAAAUAAGUCUGCAUCGUAAACUCUACUUUAAAUGAAAUAAAAAAAUAUACUGCUGACCAACGAUCAAUUAUGAACAAAGCGAAUGUGUUUUAUAUGUAUAUUAUGAGGAUUUGGAUAUUUUGCUUAGUCAACUAAUUAAUAAUUGGUGUCCUCAAGAUUUGACUAAAGGCUGUAUAACGUUAAUCUACAGCCAGGACCAGACCGUAAAUGAAUUAAUAAUCAUUUGUGGUGAGUUGCCAUGUAAUUGUUACAAUUUAUAUGUAGAUAAUA